UUGCACUGACUGGAGAAGAUUUUAAUCCGCACAUACAACCAAAUGAUGUAAUUGGUAGUAUGAUUGGUAUAAUAGUCACAUCUGUAUUUUGUACUUCCAGUGAAAUUAAAAGACUUAAAUCAAUAUUCACCAGAAGAUAA